AUGCACCCAUUCAUCGUUUUGGAAAAUCUGCCAUUUAUGGCUUUAACCACUACUUUAAUUUUCGUCGUUGCGAAGAUAACCCCCGAAAAUAUCUAUUUGUGUAUAGGAUUUAUCACCAUAUGGUUCUUCUUAUGGGACGUAAAGCGAAAAAAUGCCGUUGAAAAAAACUCUCGUGAAACUAAGAUCAACACUACUAUUGCUGAACAAAUCAGCAAGAUCAAAUUUGAAAUAAAUUCCCGUGCUUGGGCCGAUAGUAAAACAGUUAAUAGUGUUAAUACUUCAUCGCCAGAGAUCGGCCGACACGAAGCUAUGGCUUCUCCUAAGUAUCCAAAGACACAAGGGAAGUUCUCACCGCCAGAGAUCGGCCGACAUGAGAAACUUCAGCAAAAUCAAUAA